ACCGACUCAUUCGCGAACGACACAUUAUUACUAGCUCACAAGUUUGAAGGUCGGAGAGACGGAAGCUGUGUAACUGGGAACGAAGGAUACUUUACCAUAGCUUGCGUUAAAGCUUUCAGCAUUCGUUGUAAACAUUUAUAGCAUUUAAAAUGCCUAGAGGAAGUCGUAGCCGAAGUUCAAGGAUGGCUCCUCCAAGCUAUUCCUCCCGUCCUGCACCACCACCACCGAUGGCCAGAGCAUCACCUCCACCAGCUCCUGCACCUGCCCCUGCGUCUGCUGUGAGCUCACCUGUUGCAGCUGCCCCCAGACAGCCAGGUAUGUUUGCCCAGAUGGCCAGCACUGCAGCGGGCGUUGCUGUGGGAUCUGCUGUGGGGCACACGAUUGGCCAUGCCAUGACGGGCGGCUUCGGCGGCGGUGGAAACUCCGAGGCUGCCAGGCCUGAUAUCACUUAUCAGGAGCCUCAUCAGCCUCAGACCAUGUACCAGCAGCAGCCCAUGUAUCAACAAGAGGCAGUGCAGCAGAAUCCAUGUGCUUAUGAGAUGAAACAGUUCCUUGAAUGUGCACAGAGCCAGAGUGACCUCAAACUGUGUGAAGGAUUCAGUGAGGUGCUCAAACAAUGCAGAUUCUCCAACGGUUUGCCCUGAUACCGGUUUGCCCUGAUAUCGGAAUGGAGACCUUGCUUAGGACUAUUAUUAAUUUAAACACAUACAGAACAAGGAGAACUUUAGAACUGCAUUUUAGGAGCUGUAUGCAUUUCAUAGAAUGAAACAUUACAUAAUUGUUCGACAUAUUUUUGAUUUAUACAGACAUUGGUUAAUUUGCUGGGAAUGUCAGAAUUAUGCAUUGUACUUCAGAAGAUUGCUGUACAUGUGACUGAGCGAUAACUCAAUAAACCUUUAAACUACUGUUCCAUCUUUGAAA